AUGCCUCCUUUACACGGUGAUCCUAACUCUGAUUCGACGCCUCUGCCUAUAUUGAACGAUGCUAUCAUGGGCAAUAUUCGCGAUCCUCUCCAAAGACUACACAAACAAGAAUUGCCUCCAUGGUAUCAAGAUAUAGAAGAAGCUAUUGUGAAACUUGUUCAGCUAGGCACCAAGAUUUCUAGACACUCGGAAGCUGUUGAAGCUCGGCGAAAACUAAAGGCCAUAGCGGACGCUACCCCUCCUCUCGAUUCCGUGCGUUCGGUCAUCAACACUCAGCUUAUUCGAAAUACCCGAGAUUGCGUUGGUUUACGCCUAGAUUGUGGGCACUUGAGCCUCUUCCUUGCUUCGGUAGACGGGUGGUUGAGAUCUUGCGAGGAAUUUAUUCUCAAACAACCCAGCAUACGCACCUCAAGCAAUAUCUCUGCCUUUGAGGAUGCCUAUCAAGAGCUGAUUGCAGCGGCAGCACCGCAUACCGCUAGUGAAUCCUACGUCCCAGACGAUCUCUUGGGCUUGUUUGAUAACUUAGGGCUAAUAAAGGGUCAUGGUUCUUAG